GCCGCUUCAAUUGGCAGUUGGAAAAGAUACUAAAUAAGCGAGCUUUUCAGUUUGAUUUUUCAACGCGCAACGAGUGAACGCGCUUGACAAGGCACUGCGUCACCAAUCGACCCACCGACCGACUAACUGUUAGCAUUUAGUUUUGUGACUUAGCUGACCGAUAAUAAAUUGAUACGCGCCACAGUCAAUAUUUUAUUCGUAUCUGUAUCUCCAGAGUGUAGCGUCCACAAAGCGCGCUUCUUUUCGGGUACAACUGAACUUAACUCUUGCCUACUGUUUACAUAUUCAUUUACUUCCGUAAUAUGAAGAUAAGCAGAAUUCAGUGUUGUGUGAUAAGAGCGUUGGAGUGAACAAAACUUGAUAAAGGUAAAAAAUGGAUCAUCACUUGACAUCUGCACAUGCAUACAUGCAUACAUAUCACAUAAGCAAUUACAACAAAAGAGGUCACUUCGAAGCGAAACUAGCAGGGUGCUGCAAUCCAUUCGCGCUGCAAUCGACGUUGCUGUAGGAAAUUAUGACAAGGCAUUGAAAAGUGUCGGCAACUAUCAAUAAGCAACAAAAAUCACAUAUGUGACCGUGUAUGUAUGUGUGUGUAUAAACAUACAUAUGUGCUCGUACUCAAUCAUAUCAAGCGCAAUAGUGCAACAAUCAACAGCCAUAUCAGCAGUGUGCAAGCUGGCUUAGAAGAAGUCGCGUAUUAAAGUGCAAUCAUAGCAAUCAAACAACAGCAACAACUACAAUAACAAUACCAAACCACAAUAGCGUAGUCAUAAAAGCGUUCGCCACCUUAACGCUUGCGGCGUUACAGUCACUUCAACCUUAAAUCACAGCCGCUGACAAGUCACAGCCAAGCGACAAUAAGAUGGAUUCAACAACGGACACCGGGUGCAGUGAUUCCUACAACAGCUACGGCAAAUCACACUCCAGCGGCACUUCGCUCAACUACAGCAGCGACAUAAAUGCGAUUUGUGUCGAUUUGGGUGAUAAUAACGGUUGCGACGGUGAUAAUAUUUCAUGCAAUGGCCUAAAGUAUCUGCCAACUUGGCCGGCGAUUAAUUUGGAGUUUCGCGAUUUAACGUACGAAGUGCCAGAUGUCCACACAAAGGGUCGUAAACAGUUGCUGCGCAGCAUCAACGGGCAAUUUCGUGCGCACGAGCUAACUGCCAUUAUGGGACCAUCGGGGGCGGGGAAGACAACAUUAUUGAAUCUGCUAGCCGGCUAUGGCGCAAAGAAAACAUCGGGUGAAAUACUUGUCAAUAACAGUCCGCGCGACAUGAAAGUUUUCCGCAAAAUGUCACGCUAUAUCAUGCAAAACGACAUACUGGAUCCACAUUUCACGGUGCUGGAGGCGAUGUUGUUGGCCGCCAAUCUGAAGUUGGGCAACGAAUUGAAUAACGAGCAAAAACUGGAAGUGAUCGAUGAAAUACUCAGAAUGUUGGGUUUGAAGAAAGCGGAAAAUACCAGUACAAUGCGGCUGUCAGGUGGCGAAAAGAAACGUUUAUGCAUAGCAUUGGAAUUGGUGAAUAAUCCACCGGUAUUAUUUCUCGAUGAGCCCACGACUGGUCUCGACGACAUCUCCAGUUCUCAGUGCAUAACACUCCUUCGCGGCAUUGCACAUCGCACUGGACGUACAGUUAUUUGCUCGAUUCACACUCCGUCCGCCAAAGUGUUCGAUAUGUUCGACAAGGUUUACAUAUUAGCCGAGGGGCAGUGCAUUUAUCAGGGAGCGGGCGCAAAUAUUGUGCCUUACAUGAAACAAAUUGGACUGACAUGUCCGCGUACUUACAAUCCUGCCGACUUUGUUAUCGAAGUUGCCUGCCAUGAAUAUGGCAACCAGUACCAUGAACCAAUGGUUGCUGCUGUAAAAAAUGGCAAGGUUUAUCGCUGGUCGCUACAUCAAGAAUACCGGCAACUCACAUCGAAUGCCACCAAUAAAUCAGAUACCACCUCCGGUGCCUCGUCCUUCGAUGAGUUGGAACAAUUCGAAGAGGAAAUCAAUCCGAAGCUAUUGAAGCAAAAAGCCACGUGGUGGAUGCAAUACCGGCUGCUGCUGAUGCGCAUGAUGGUGCAGAUGUGGCGCGAUAAGUCCUACAUGAAGCUGAAAUUCUACAUGAAUAUCGUCUUGGGGCUGAUUGUUGGUGGAAUUUACAAAGGCAUUGGCGAUGAUGCCUCUAAGGCGUUCUUCAAUUUUGGAUUUGUCUUUACGAUAAUUAUUGCGUAUUUAUAUCUGCCGAUGAUGCCUGUAUUGUUACAAUUUCCCACAGAGAUGAAAUUUCUAAAACGCGAAUACUUCAAUCAGUGGUAUAAUCUCAGUUCCUAUUAUGCCGCUUUGAUCUGUUCCAAAUUGCCUUUUAUGUUCUUGCUGGCCACCAUCUACCUCAUCAUGGUGUAUCUAAUGUCCGGUCAACCGUUAGAGCUGUUCCGUUUUUGUAUGCUUUUCUUAAUCGCGUUUCUAACCGCCAUGACUUCGGAGAGCUUGGGUCUACUAAUAUCGUCGCGUCUAAGUUUGGUGAAUGCCAUGUUCAUGGGUCCAGUAGUUGCGGUGCCACUCAUUCUACUCUCCUGCUAUGGCAUUGGUUAUGGCAAAUCUGUCUAUAUACAUCCUUUGAUGCGCUAUCUGAUGCAACUGAGCUAUCUGCGUCACGGCAUGGAAGGCCUGGUAGUCGCUCUGUAUGGUUACGAUCGAGAGGAUCUACAUUGUCCAGAUACCGAAAUAUUUUGUAUGUUUAGGAAAUCGCAAUUCUUGCUUAUGAUUCUUGGCUUCGAGAAUCUCAACUAUCUGUUCUCGGUGUGCUGUUUGGUGAUUUUUUAUAUAAUUUUUACGCUCGCCGCAUAUCUUAUGAUACGUCAUCGUCUCUCGCUGCGAUCCUCCAACAAUGUGAUCAUCCAAUAUGCGAGUCAAUUCUUGGUGAAGCAUUUCAAUUUUGCUUCUUAUAAUUACUAACGGUGCAUAAAUAUGUAUUUAAUUAUUUUUUCUUAAAUGCUGUACAAAGAAUAUUUAUUAUGUUAUUGACUAAAUGACAAUUUAGGGAAUGCUUGAGAGGGAGUAGUUAGCAUAGAGUAAAAAAAAAGAAUAUUUUUGAUAAAAUACUACUUAAGUAUUUAGAAUAGUUAUUUUGCCAUAAAAACUAAAUCUUCGACUUGUGAUCAAUUUGAAUAACUUUUUAAAGUUUUUUAUAACUACUUGUGUAUGUAUGCGCAUACAUAUUUUAUGUAUGUAUUUAUGAUCUUUAAUAAUUUUAAGCUGAUGUACUUUACGAUUGCUUAACCCGGUGGAUUACAGUGAUAUUAGAAUUAAUUAAAAAUUACUAAUAAAAUGUAAAAUUUUUUU